AUGACUACAACUACCCAACAACCUUCCUCAGAUUAUUUUAAUUCAGAAUUUGAACAUUUUAUUCAAACACAAAUUUCUGGUUUAAUUUUAACAGAAAGGGAAAACAAUUCCGAAUUAAAUAAAGAUCAAGAAUUAAUUAUUUCCAUUGAUUUUUGUAAAAAAUUUUUAAUUGAAAAUUCUUCAAAAAAGGAAGCAGAAAGUGAUGAAAUGGAAAAGAGACGUUCUCAAGUUUUGGCCAAACUUGUAGAAUUAAAAUUGGAGUUGGAAACACAUCGAGAAUCCUUAAUAAUUGGAGAUGAUACAACAAAUAUUAAAAGAAUUAAAUACCAUGAAUUUGUAAUGCAAUCGGUAAGGGGAACUAAUGUUUAUUGUGAAGUGUGUUUAAGUAUUAUUUGGAGGCUGAUUCAGUAUUGGAGAAAAUGUAAAGUUUGUGGCUUUCGCGUUCACGAUAAAUGCAUCGAUCAAGUCUCACGUCAAUGUGUUAGCACACAAAUAUACAAAACUGAUUUUUCUCUUUCUUUCCAAAUCUGUCCAGAAAAUUCUCUUAGAAAUCAAAAUUUUCGUUGUGCAGAAUGUUUGGCUAAUAUAUCCUUUGAUGAGGAAUCAGACAAAAUACCUCGACUUUGUGAUUAUACUGGGUUAUUUUAUUGUAGCCGUUGUCAUUGGAAUGAUACUAUGGUCAUCCCAGCCAGAUUGGUACGGAACUGGGACGCUAACAAACGCCCAGUCUGUCGGGCAACAAAACAAUUACUUGUAGCAAUAAUGAAUAAACCUUUAAUUGAUUUACCUAAAGAAAAUCCUUUACUUUUUAAAUUUGUUAAUAAUUUAAAUAGAAUUGGAAGGCUUAGAAAUGAUAUAAUGCUUAUGAAAUGUUAUUUUGUCAGUUGUAAGGUAUGCUCAAGUUUAUUUAAUUAA